AUGCCGCCAAUGGCCCAAGCUGCAGUUGAGAAAAUGGAAAUUGACGAACCAAAAUCAUCAAAGGCCCCAGCUGAGCCACCAAAAGACUUGAAUGCAAUUGCCGUUGAGAAUAUCAAAGAAUAUGUUGCUUUGUUGGAUAAAGGAGAAAGCCACUUGAUUGGAAGAGUUCUUCAAUUUUUGCCAAAAACGCGAAAACAAUUAAACAACGAGGUAUUGAAUAAGGUUAUCAACCAACACUUGAGCAGUGACGAUUCAUUUGGUCCAAAACUUACUAAAUACGUUCCUUACACUGCUCCGCCAGCAGCAGAGCUUGCGCCAACGCCAAUGGACACAACUCCAGUGAAAUCUACAAAAUCACCAAAGAAGCUUGUUAAGCCUGUUCCAUCAAGUCUUGAAGCGGAUGUUUAUAUUCGUCUUCUUGUUAUUAUUUAUCUUUUCGAUCAAAAGAAAUAUGCUGAAGCUCUCGAAGUUAUCAACGCUCAAGCUGCAUGCAUUGAGAAAUCGGAAAAACGUUCGCUAGAUAGCUUUUCGGCUAAAACAACGUACUAUCUUACAUUGAUUUACGAGAAACAAAAUCGUCUCAAGGAUCUUAUUGGACUUUUGAAUUCUCGCCUUCGCACGGCUACUCUUCGUCGCUACAAUGAAUCACAAGCCGUUUUAAUUUAUUCACUUCUCCGUGCUUACCUCCUUAAUAAGCAAUAUCCAAAUGCUGCCCAACUCGUGAAUAAGGUCGCUUUCCCUGAAAACGCUUCGAACAACGACUUGGCUCGGUACAUGUACUACCAAGGGCGCAUAAAGGCUCUGCAAUUGGACUACUCAGCGGCUGCUGGAUAUUUUCUUCAAGCGCAAAGAAAGGCGCCGCAAGAGGGAGCCAUUGGAUUCAAGCAAACUGUUCAAAAAUGGGUUGUCGUCAUUAGUUUGCUUCAGGGAGAAAUUCCCGAGCGAAAUGUGUUCCGCCAACAAAUCUACAGAAAAUGCAUGGCGGCAUACCUGGAUUUGACCCAUGCCGUUCGCCUCGGUGAUAUUGUCAAGUUUAACAAAGUUUUGGAACAGCAUGGAAAGACUUUCGAGAAGGAUGACACUCUCACCUUGAUUGUUCGCCUGCGUCAAAAUGUCAUUAAAACGGCCAUCCGGCAAAUUUCUUUGGCUUAUUCGCGUAUUUACAUCAAGGACAUUGCCAAGAAACUUCUCAUGGAUAAUGAAACUGAGACUGAAUACAUCGUCUCAAAGGCAAUUGCUGAAGGAGCUAUUGACGCUGUCAUCACAUCCGACACGAAGGACAGCGAGCGAUACAUGCAAAGCAGCGAGACUGCCGAUAUUUAUCGAACAAGCGAACCUCAAUCUCAUUUUGAUACCAGAAUUCGUUAUUGCCUCGAAUUGCAUAAUCAAGCCGUGAAGGCGUUGAGAUAUCCACCAAAGAAGAAGAUCGCUGUCGAAAGCAUCGAACAACAACGUGAGCGUGAGCAGCAGGAGCUUGAGUAUGCGAAGGAGAUGGCCGAGGAGGAAGACGAAUUUUAA